UUAUCUGUGUGCAAUUAUCUUCUGAAAGCUCUUUUAUCCUUAAUUCAGAGAGCUGCUAAUACGGGCUGGGGAGCCGAGGAAGACAGACGUCCAAGGUGGGUGCAGGACAAGUUUGAGGAUUCAGUAAGGGAUGGAAGGACUGGUCGGUCUAAUCAUAUAUCUGAACCUGCUUCUCGGCAAGGUCAUAAAAGUAAUGACAGAGAUUCAAAAUAUUCUCGUGCAAAGGGCAAUGAAACUGCACGAGAAAGUUCUCAUGAAGGAGCUGGAUCAAAUGCAAAGGAUCACGACAGAAGAGACGCUAAGAAACAGCCAGAACAGAAGGAUCAUAUAUCAAAGCAUAAGGAAUUCCAUGAUAGCUCAAGUACCAAUAAAAGGUCAAGGGAGAGCUACACUGAACCAAACUCCAGGGAAGAACGUCAUCGAGGAAACGAGAAGAGAUCAAGAAACUAUGACACUGAGCCCUAUCGUCGGGAACACAAAUACGGCAGGGAAAGGGAUAGUAGGUCGGGUCGUGAUAUGGAUGCUUCCAAACAUCAUCGCAGGAGAGAUGACGAGUGAAAUAGAUACAAUGGAGAACAUAAUCUAC